AUGAAGAUUUCUGAGUUGGUAACUGACUUGGCCAUGACCAAAAAUUGGACUGGAGACUUGGAAUUAGACUAUUAUGGUUCAGGAGUUACCAGUGAUGCCUUCUGCCUUAGGGAAAAGCUGCCAUUUGCCUCUAUCUUUAUCUCUGUCAUCUACUUCAUGAUUUUUUUCAUUGGCUUCUUUGGGAACCUAUUUGUGGUCCUGGUGAUGGUGCAGAAACGAGGCAACCAGAGGCUUGUAGACAACUUCGUCCUUAACCUGGCCAUUGCAGACCUUGUCUUCGUAUGCACUUUGCCUUUUUGGGCUUUGACAGAAGCAUUUGAUUCCUGGUGGUUUGGUGAAGAGCUGUGCAAAUUUAGCAGCUAUGCGAUUUCCGUGAACCGUUGCUCAAGCAUCUUGUUCCUGAUGGGCAUGAGUGUGGAACGCUUCCUUGUGAUGAAUAAACACUGGGAUUCCAGAUCUCUCGGGACCAAGAGAAAUUCCAACAUUACCUGCGGUUGCAUCUGGGUGUUUUCCUUUCUAUUAGGAAUACCAUCUUUGCUCUACAGAAAGCUGAUCCCUGUGGGAGACAGGUUUUCAUGCCAGGAUGAAGAGCCUUCUGUCGUCUAUAUUUUCACCGUACUUUUUUUGACUUUCUUGCUACCCUUGGGAGUAAUCUUAUUCUGCUACUGCUCUAUCUUCUCCAUGCUCCAGAGUCAUGUCAAGUUAGGCAGGAAAACAAACCAUGCUCUUAAAAUCAUCUUUGUCAUCAUUGGGGCAUUCAUCUGCUGUUGGUUACCCUUCAAUACUUUCACAGCUUUCAUCACCUACGGUGUGGUACAGAACAUCGACUUCUCUUGUGAGGUAUUGAAAGCUCUCAGGAGGGGACUCAUUAUCAGUGCUUGUCUGGCUUUCACAAACAGCUGCAUUAAUCCCAUCAUCUAUGCCUUUAUGGACCAGCAAUUCCGGCAGAAAGUAUUGAAGAAUUUCCUAGGUCUUUUUCACCCAAAGGAAAAUGUGCAAAGCUCAUCCCUGUUCUUUUCAUCUACAGAUUCAAGCCUUAUGUUUGGCAGCAAAAAGAGGUUCAUACCAGCCACAACUGUUCCAGUUAGCAGUGGGGCUGGUUUAUGUGCCUCUAAAAGACAGAUAUAA